AUGCCGUUGGUGCAUCUCAAACAGCUGGACUGGGACGGCCCUGUCACAGUUCUGAGUUUGCAGCCCGCCAUCCAAGACCUGGCGAGUUGCGUCGAUUCCUGGCGGGAGCCGUGGGGACGGAACCAGGCUUCUGAAAGUCGGGUGCGCGGUGCCCUCAAAUCUGACGGAUCAGUGAGUCCCAACGCUGCACAGGGGCAGAAACCUGCAACGCGACUGCCAUGGCCCCAGCUUCUAUUGCUCAGCCAUGACUGGGUGGCAGUUGGCGUUGUUCUGUGGUCAGCAGUUGUGGCAGGCAAUUGCGGGCACUUCGUGCAGAACACGAGGCCUCAAGACUUUACUCCGGAAUUCUUUAAGGGUCUUGAAACUGGAGUCUCAGGCCUUACGCCGAUGCUUGGAUCGAGUCCGGGCAGCCUGGGCUAUGUCAAAGGAGAAUUUCAUCGCUCUGUGGAGUUUCCGGAGGCCCAGAGGGAUGAGGAAUUGCAGAAAGCGAUCUGCCAAAAGAUUCAGGAUGCCGUUGAUAUCUCAGAUGUAUUCAACAAGGUUGCAAUUCAUGCUGGGAAGACCAGUCCCAAGACAUUGGUCUAUGCUGUGCACCGGAUCGCACGCUACUGCCGCCUCCGAAGGCAGGACAUUGGUCCCACGCGUCGGGCUGCCCGGUUCCUGUUACUGUUGGAGAGCUUGCAGCGGAAUCUGGCCCACUUGGAUGCGCAGGUUUGUAGCAGAUCUUGCAGGUUUCUGGAGCUGACGGAAGCCCAAACGGGUGCAGACAGGAUCAAGAAAUUUGGAGUGAAACUUCCGAAUGUUGAGCGCUGGGUGCAGCUGCGGGCGGCCCUGCGGCAGCCGGUGAAUCACCUGGUGCUGCUGAAUCCCUUCCUGCCGUCAUCCCAACACCAGGAGUUGGUGCGGCAGCGGCACCUUGAGCCCCACCCAGUGGUGCCGUUGGUCUUCACGGCCAAGGGUGGAGUCCAGGGCCAGGGCGAGGAGGAUGAAGGCCUGUUCUCAGACGCGGGCGGCGAUAAAUUGGAUGCCAAUGCAGUGGAUUCUGAGAUGCUUCCCUGCUACUUUUUAGAUGGCGCCUCAGCGAUUGCCGCUGCGGUGAUGGAUGUGGCACCAGGGGCGUCUGUUUUGGAUCUCUGUGCGGCGCCCGGUGGCAAAUCCGUCAUGUUGGCCUCCAUGUUGUUCUCGACCGCCAGUGACGAGGUGUCGAAAGCUGGUCGGUUGGUGUGCAACGAGAUGUCGCGGCCGCGUCUGCAGCGACUGCAGAGGGUCAUGUCAUCCUUUCUGCCAGCGGAAGUGCUCAAUGCAGGUGCCACAGGGCGUGUUGCUCUGAGCAAUGUGGACGCAGCCAGUGGAUCCGUGCCAGUUCCUCUGCAAAGACUGGCUCCCUUUGACUAUGUCCUGGUUGAUGCACCGUGCACCUCAGAUCGGCAUUUGGUUCGUCAAGGGUCGGCACUUGCCCAUUGGGCAGCUGGAGCGGUGAAAGCCAAUGCGGAGAGACAGCUGGAGCUUGUGCGAUGUGCGGCCGCUUUGGUGAAACCGGGCGGCUUGAUUUUGUACGUGACCUGUGCUCUUUCGGAAGUGGAGAACGAUGGUGUGGUGCAAAAGUUUCUGAAGAAGUUUGGACAGGGCUUCGCACCGGAGCCGCCCCCGGAGCACACCAAAGCCCUGCUGGAAGGCGCUGAUCUGACGGCCUUUGGCGUGCGAAUCGGAAACAACUGGUGUGAUGUUGCAAUUUACUCAGUGGAUGUGAAGGGGCAAUUUGAUGUUGAAGAACCUGCGGGCUUGUGCCACCAACUCUUCGCCCGAGUGGAGGAAUUCAGCCCCGCCAACCUGGCCAUCAGCGCCUGGAGCGGUGAAACCGAAAUGCCGGGUGGAAACGAUCUCGUCAUGAAGCGCCUCAACCGACAAGCCCUCGGGCGCCUGCAGGUCUCAGUGAUUUUGUCCGCCGCCAGCUUUCACCUCGAGACUCAGCACUUCACCAUGGAAGGCUCGGGCAGCGAGCCCAGUGAGCCCGAUGGCGAAGAGCCAACUGAGCCAACGGCUGAGCCAACGGCUGAACCAACUGCCUCAACCCAAGCCCAAGAGGAGGCCACAGAUGAACCAGCUCCAGAAGUACCAGAGGUGGUACCAGAUGCUGCGGCAGAAACUCCUGGAUGUGAGGCUGAGGAAAAGGUGAGAGAGGAAUCUUCUGGAGAAGCUUCCGAGUCUUCUUCUGCUAAAGGCACAAAGGUGCUGAAAGUGCAUGCGGGCAUCGCCAAGGAGGAGCCCAACAGGCCUCAAAUCAGCUCUGGAGUUGAUCGUGGCGCACCAUUUGUGCGAAGCUUCCAGGAAUUCAAGGACAUGGGGUGCAAGGAAGCAGCCCACGAGGUGUUGAGGCAGGGGCUGCAGUUCUGUCCCGGCAGUCCUGCCCUGAAUGCCUUGGCGCGAAGCGAGGGCCUUGAGCCGCUGGGAGGCCACAACGAGGGCGAUAGCAGUGAGGGGAGCAACCAGCUGAUGGAGCAGCUGCGGCGCAGGGAGCUGCUUAUGCAGCAGAUGCAUAUGGCGCAGCAGCGACAGAGGAUGCAACAGAUCCAACAGUGGCAGGCCUGCUUGCAGCAACCCCGUUACACACCACCUCCACAGCUUCCUGAGCCUCAAACGCGCCCAAAAGUGCCGACCAGGCCAGCUGCACUGAAAUUCUUUGAUGAGCUGGAGUACCCUGACAAGACCAAGGCCUCCCGCGGAAUCAAAGCAAUGGCACUUGGUGCAGUUGGUGGCAUGAUGGUGUGGUUUUGGGCAUCAUGUCCGGCACACUAUUUUGUUUGGUCGUUCCUGGCUUGCCACCUGGCAUGUAUUGUAUUGCUGCGCGACUAUGGAGGGGACAUUGGCUUGCUGGCAGUCUGUGCGGGCCUGGCGUUUCAUGCUGGCCAUGGCUUAGCAGACUUUUUGGCCUGGAAUUUGGGUGGUGAAGAUUCUCUUGGCCCUUGGGCCGCUGUGGUGGUCUUUGCAUGCAUUCUCUACCUUCAGGGUUAUUUGAAAGAAUGCAGCACCCUGCCGCCGGACUACAUCUCCACUCUGUCCUUCUUCUUCCCAGUCUUUCCUGCCUAUGAUGCAGCUGUGGCUUUCAGCUGCUUGGAGUUCUUCUUGGAGUGGCGAUAUCUACCCGACUUCAAGCUUUGGCGUCCUCUCAUUCUCUUGGGUUUGAUUUGCAUGGCUGCAGGUCAGGCCUUGGUGAUCAUCGCGGCGCAAACUGCAGACCGCAACUUUUGGGCAUCGACACGUGAAUUGGAAGAGGAUGAGCUGGUGGGUCUGGAAAUUCCGAAUCGCCGAGUAGUGCAAGAAGGGGUCUAUGCCUGGGAAAGGCAUCCAGCAUAUCUGGGAGCUCUUCUUUGGGGAAUAGGCACGCAGCUUGCCCUCUGCAAUCCGGUGAUGCUGGUCAUGGUGGCAUUUGUGCUCUGGGCUUCUUUGCUUCAUGUGACCAUGGAGGAAGAGAAGGAGCUCUUCGAUGAGUUUCCAGGCCAAUAUUCCAACUAUGCGGCAGUGACCACCACCUGGAUCCCCGGAUUUCCUGUGCUACUGGAAAGCUCCUCAUUUCAGCGGGAGAUGGAAGACACCGCUCCAGAAGAUGGUGGAGAGAUGGAGCAAGAAGAAAGUGAAGAGGAGAUGAUAGAUGAAGAAGAUGACCUACUGCCAACGUGGGAAGGGGUGAAGAAAGGCGGUGCCUUAUGGAACCGACAAUUUCAGGUCCCUGAAAUGGCGAAUGGGGAAGAAUGUGGGACACCAGAAACGGUCAUCCCAGGCAUGGUGCCCAUGGCUGCCACGCUUUCCGACUUUGAGGCGCAAAGCUUGGCGAAUCUCUCCUGGGCAGAGGCCACCAUGCGCUUCAAAGAUGAUGUGCUCAUGCAUCACAUAGCCGGGGAGGCGCUGCGCAAGAUGGAUCGCUUCUCUCCGCAGCAUGUUGCCAACACUGCCUGGGCAUAUGCCACGUUGGGGCGCCGAGCUGAUGCCCUCUUCAAGGCUCUUGAGGCCCGAGCUUUGCAAUUGCUCCAAGAAGACGCUCCUGACUUUGUUGGCAUCUCAGUGGAAGGUUUCCUCAAAGGACAGAAAGGACACUUAGCCACCAGUGAUGCAAUGGGAUGCUUCAGCCGCUUCAGUGCAUGGCAGCCAGCACCGCUGAAUGCUCAAGCAGGAAGUAAAGGACAUAUGACGCCAUGGAUUGCUGGAUUUGGGGCCUUAACUUGA